CAAAGCUGGCUGAUUAGUGGAAAAAUAAAUCAUAAUUCUAAGCAACUAUAACUGGCAGCAGCAAAAGUCUUACCAAAUCCAAAUCGAAAUCUCUUGUUUCGCUCCGCUCCGUUUCGAAUCGUACCCCAGUCUGCCCAGAUGGACAUGCACUUCCAGUACAAGAAGGAUCACACGUUCGACAAGCGCCGCAACGAAGGCGACAAGAUCCGGCGCAAAUAUCCGGACCGUGUGCCUGUAAUCGUCGAGAAGGCCCCGAAGACCCGCUAUGUCGAGCUGGACAAGAAGAAGUACCUGGUGCCGGCCGACUUGACGGUGGGCCAGUUCUAUUUCCUCAUCCGCAAGCGCAUCAACCUGCGUCCCGACGACGCCCUCUUCUUUUUUGUGAACAAUGUGAUACCUCCGACAUCGGCCACCAUGGGAGCACUCUACCAGGAGCACUUCGACAAGGACUACUUCCUUUACAUUUCAUAUUCCGAUGAGAACGUCUACGGACGUCAAUAGACUCGGGUUUGCCCCGCUUAAUCGUUUUGGUGGUCGGUUGAGUUUCAAUUGUCACUUUUCGCCAUUCGCAAGUUCAUCAAUAAAAUGACUGGUCCUAGCCAGCUAACCAGCAGCUAACGGCGUCAUCAUGGCCCACGCUGGGUAAAACAA